CAGCCGUGUUGAGAAACCCGUUCUGAGCUGUGAUUGGUCAGAGAUGAAGAGAGAGAGCAGAGGUUUGGGGGGGCGGGGAUGCUGAUGUGAUAAAGAGACAGCAGACAUGAACUUAGAGACACUGAGAGGACAUGGAUCAUCCAACACUGAUGCUGCUGGUGACUCUCUGCAGUUCAGGACUCUGUGCUGAACUCCAUUCAGGUUCAGAGGAAUUCAGGCUGGUGGGAGGAGCCAGCCGCUGCACUGGCAGACUGGAGAGGAAGGUUCUGGACGAAUGGAAAGCAGAGGAUGAGAACAGUCUUAAUCUGAGCUGGAACUUGGAGCGUGUGGAUGAUGUGUGCAAAUCACUGGACUGUGGAUCUGUGGUGUCUAUGAGGAGAAUUGAAGCAUCAUCUGAUUUUUAUGGAUUUAAUGUGGAGAUCAACUGUUCAGUUGAAGCUCCACAGCAGUCGGGCUGCAUUCUUAAGGGAAUGAAUAUUAAGGGAAUGAAUAUUUCUUAA